GCGCUUCACUUCCUGCAUUGGGACACGAACACGAGCGUCCAAAUAACGGUUUCUGGGCGCUAUGUAGUGCACUAAAUGUGCAACAGGAAGUGAAUUGGAACACAUCCUCAGCUCCUGCGUGGGUCUGUGUGUGUCUCUGGACUCUCACAUGACCUGAGUGUUUGUUCCCGUGAUCAAUAUUUCCAUAAUAACGCUUUCUGAAGUUGAAGGCAGAUGGAUGUGCUGCAGCAGCAGAGUCUGGAGCCUGAGAGGAGGCAAACGAAACAAGAAAAGGACAUAUCAGAGAUAACUGAAGACGCUUCGAGAGGAGGUGAAGCAGCUGCAUUUCCUCACACUUCAGCUUUCACUGACCGGAGCGUCCAGUAUCAGUUUCUCCACGACAGCAGUGGCACGCAGGUAACCUAUCAGGUUGUUCAGUUGACUAACAAGCCGCUGGUGGGUGGGGCAGUGGGCGUGGUCUCUUCUGCUUCAUUUACUGGAGCACAACAGGCUUUGAUCCAGAGUCCCUUCAGUAAUGGAGGCAGUCCUGCAGCAGAGACGAUCGGAGGUGAGGCACGCUUCUCCUACAUCCCACCAGCUGCUGUAAGUGACGCAACAGCCGCUGGAGUUUCAGCUCAUCCGGCCGAACCUACACGCUCUCACACAGCAGGUGAGAUGGACGGUCAGUUCUACGUGAUGAGCACGCCGGAGGUUCUUCAGCCUGGCGCACCACGUACCAUAGCUCCCCGCACUCAUCCAUAUGCAGCGAAGAUGGAAGGGCUGCGCACGCCGAGAGACGAACGCAGGAGGGCGCAACACAACGAAGUGGAGCGACGGAGGAGAGAUAAGAUCAACAACUGGAUCGUGACGCUGUCUAAAAUCAUCCCAGAUUGCAGCAUGGACUGCACUAAAACUGGAGCGAGUAAAGGAGGCAUCCUGUCCAAGGCCUGCGAUUACAUCCAGGAGCUGCGGCAGAGCAACCGCCGACUCCACGAGAGUCUCCAUGAAGUGAAGAGAGUCCAGAUGGACAAUGAGAUCCUCAGACAGCAGGUGGAAGAACUGAAGAACGAGAACGCUUUGCUCCGAGCUGAGCUACAGCAGCGCCGAGCCGCCACGGGAGCCACAGAUGUGCCAUCGCAUUGAGCCUGAGGACAGACAUGCCUACAAUACUUUCUUUAACAAAUGAAGAACAAUUUUUUAUUGUGGCAAUUUUUGUCUUUGGAUUUUUGCAUAUUAAGAUGGACAGGACGGCGUUCCAGAGCGAUGUUAUUCCAAAGCAAAAAAGCGCUCUAAAUGUAGAAGAAAUGAAAGACUGAGUGAGCUGUAGAACCUGGACACCUGCUUUAGUUUAUUCUUGUCUAUUUAUUAAGCUUUACUGUGAAAACUUUGUGAUUUCUCAUUUCGUAUUGGCCUUUUUAGCUGUUGAAGCUUAUAUAUAUAUAUAUAUAUAUAUAUAUAUAUAUAUAUAUAUAUAUAUAUAUAUAUAUAUAUAUAUAUAUAUAUAGCAUUGUUCACUUUUCCAAUUUGUUAUUCAUGCCUCUGUUUGCAAGAUCAGCUUUUUGGUUAAUAUACAUUUAAUUCAUUCAGUAUAUAACAUGUCCAUAACAGUAAUUCUAUAUUAUCUGAACCUCACUACUACUGAGCUACCAUUCAUUUCAAAUUACACCUCUCCAUUAAAGGAAUACUCCGGAGCUUUUCAAACUCAUCUCUAUCCAUUGCCUCUAUAACAUGUGUGAUGACCGUGAACAAGAAUUUCAACAAAAAAUUUUUUUUACUCAGAUUGUGCUUGUAACAGAAGUCUAAGGGCAGUUGUUAAAUUUUAUUAAUGAAUGGUCUAAAAUGUGUGAUUGUAUAAGGCUUAAAAAAAUAGAAUGGUUUUUAUAUAGUUUUAUAUAAAGUGUAACUUUAUAACACUGGAAUAAUACAGUUAAAAAUUAUUUCUGGUAACUUAGCUGCGCCUAACCACAAAUUCUUGUCUCGGAAAAAAGUAGUCUCUGAAAGGACAAAAUGUACAGAUUUACAGUUUAAUUUAGAAAUACGUAUAUGUAUAAUACACUGGACUCAGGAGAAGGUUUAGGAUCUAUACUCAGGAAGGUGUUAUUGACAGUAUCAAUACAUGAAAACUGAGCUUAUACAGUACAUGAAAUGAGGAAAUGAACAGGAAAUUGGGGUCAAAGGUCAUGGUAGAAUGUGACCUCUGCUGGCGGGGAGGGAUAACGUCCUGAUCUGGUGCUUUGAUUUGAGUGAAGAUUUCGGAAAAGUGUUUAUUGGUGGAAUUUAACAGCUGCCCUUAGAGUAGCAUUAAAAGUCCAGUGAGAGUUCCAGUGAAAGUUUUCAG